CGGCCGGGAGGGGAGCGGGCGGGCCGGGCAGCCGGGCCGGCCGUGGGGCGAUGAGGAGCCGCAGCAACUCAGGGGUGCGCCUGGACGGCUACGCCCGCCUGGUCCAGCGAACCAUCCUCUGCCACCAGAAUCCAGUUACGGGGCUGCUUUCAGCCGGUGCAGACCAUAAAGAUGCCUGGGUUCGGGACAACGUCUACAGCAUCCUGGCCGUGUGGGGGCUGGGAAUGGCUUAUCGGAAGAAUGCGGACCGGGACGAGGAUAAGGCCAAAGCCUACGAGCUCGAGCAGAAUGUUGUGAAGCUGAUGCGGGGGCUCUUGCAGUGCAUGAUGAGACAGGUAGAUAAGGUAGAGAGGUUCAAACGCACACAGAGUACCAAAGACUGCCUCCAUGCCAAGUAUAACUCUGCAACUUGUGCCACAGUGGUUGGGGACGACCAGUGGGGGCAUCUGCAAGUGGAUGCAACUUCCCUUUACCUGCUCUUCUUGGCACAGAUGACAGCAUCAGGGUUACGUAUUAUCUUCACCCUCGAUGAAGUUACCUUUAUUCAGAAUCUUGUCUUCUACAUAGAAGCUGCCUACAAAGUUGCUGAUUAUGGAAUUUGGGAACGUGGUGAUAAGACAAACCAGGGCAUCCCUGAACUGAACGCAAGCUCCGUAGGGAUGGCCAAAGCUGCCUUGGAAGCAAUUGAUGAACUAGAUCUUUUUGGAGCUCAUGGAGGACACAAAUCAGUGAUUCACGUUCUUCCUGAUGAAGUAGAACACUGUCAGUCUAUUCUAUACUCCAUGUUGCCAAGGGCAUCCACGUCAAAGGAGAUAGAUGCUGGCCUUCUCUCUAUUAUUUCUUACCCAGCUUUUGCAGUGGAGGAUCUAAACCUUGUUAAUGUAACCAAGAGUGAAAUCAUAUCCAAAUUGCAGGGCCGCUAUGGCUGCUGUCGCUUUCUCCGAGAUGGUUACAAGACACCCAGAGAGGAUCCAAGUAGGCUACACUAUGAUCCUGCUGAGCUCAAGCUCUUUGAGAAUAUUGAAUGUGAGUGGCCAGUAUUCUGGACAUACUUCCUAAUUGAUGGAAUAUUUAAUGAGGACAAAAUUCAGGUACAAGAGUACAGAGAGGCUCUGGAAGGAAUACUUAUUAGAGAGAAGAAUGGAUUAGUGCUAAUGCCUGAACUGUAUGCAGUCCCUCCAGACAAGGUGGAUGAGGAGUAUGAAAAUCCUCACUCAGUGGAUCGUGUCCCAAUGGGAAAGUUGCCACAUCUUUGGGGCCAAUCAUUGUAUGUCCUGAGCUGCCUGUUAGCAGAGGGAUUUCUUGCUGCAGGUGAAAUUGAUCCCUUAAACAGGAGAUUUUCCACUGGAUUUAAACCUGAUGUUGUGGUACAAGUAACUGUUUUAGCAGAAUCUAAUCAUAUUAAGAACCUCUUGCAAGACCGUGGAAUCAGUGUGCAGAGCAUUGCUGAUAUCCAUCCGCUCAGAGUGCAGCCAGCUCGCAUCCUGAGUAACCUCUACACCAUGCUGGGCCGGAAUAAGAAGAUGAAAUUAAGUGGACGGCCACACCGACACAUUGGAGUGUUAGGCACCUCCAAGCUGUAUGUGAUAAGAAAUCAAAUAUUUGCUUUUACCCCACAGUUUGCUGACCAGCAUCACUUCUAUCUGGCUCUAGACAAUCAGAUGAUUGUGGAGAUGCUCAAGACAGAGCUGGCUUACCUCACUUCUUGUUGGAGGAUGACAGGGAGACCAACCCUGACGUUUCCCAUCACUCACACAAUGCUUGUUGAUGAUGGCACUGACAUUCAUCCAGCAGUUCUUGCCACAAUAAGAAAAUUAGAGGAUGGUUAUUUUGGAGGUGCAAGGGUGAAGAUAGGCAAGCUAUCAGAAUUUCUUACCACAUCUUUUCAUACAUAUCUGAGCUUCCUGGAUCCAGACUGUGAUGUAAAAUUGUUUGAUGACCGUAAUGAAGACUGUAAUAGUCCUGACAGUGAAUAUGGGGACUAUCCAGCAGAUUUCUGUGAAAAAGAUAGCCAGGAUGAGCUGGAUCAGUAUAUAAAUGAUGUCCUGCAGAGUACAGCACUGAAGUCAUACCUGCCUCCAACUUCCAAGACAGCCAAUCAACCACCAGUGUUCAGUGCAAACCAUUCCACAGAAGAGAUACUGUCAAUAAUGGCCAAGACAAAGGGCUUGGAGGUUCCAGCCGUGCCAAUGUCUCUUCCCACUAAAGUUCUGAACACACACCGAAAAUCUCUGAAUCUUGUUGAUAAUCCCCAUUUCUUUCAGACAAAGGACCGUGAAAAUGUCUUGCACUUACCUAAAGAUGCUCAUGGUGAUUUGGAUUGCCGGAAGCUUGUUGAUCAGCUGAAGGAAUGUCCAACACUCCAUGAUCAAGCAGACAUCUUAUAUAUCUUGCAUAUAUUAAAAGGUGCUGACUGGGACACAGAGCUGGAUGGACAGUAUGGUGUCACUGUUCAUUGCCUACUCAACGAGCUCUACAGAAAGGCAGGCCUCAAUCAAGAAUGGGGCUUAAUCCGUUAUAUUUCCGGUAUACUCAAAAAGAGAGUGGAAGUCCUGGCUGAGGCAUGCACAGACCUUCUGUCGCACCACAAGCAACUGACAGUGGGCCUGCCACCAGAACCCCGAGAGAAAAUCAUUACCACCCCACUGCCACCUGAGGAGCUCACAGAUCUCAUUUAUGAAGCCAGUGGCCAAGACAUCAGUAUUGCAGUCCUGACACAGGAAAUAAUGAUGUACUUGGCAAUGUACGUCCGGUCCCAGCCCAGUCUUUUUGUGGAGAUGCUCAGGCUCCGCAUUGGUCUGAUAAUCCAGGUGAUGGCCACUGAGCUGGCUCGGAGUCUGAAAUGCUCAGGUGAAGAAGCUUCAGAGAGUUUGAUGAAUCUAAGCCCCUUUGAUAUGAAAAGUCUCCUACAUCAUAUUCUCAGUGGGAAAGAGUUUGGAGUGGAAAGAAGCUUGCGACCUGUAGAUUCCUCUUCAUCUAGCCCUGCGAUUUCUAUUCGUGAAAUGGGGCAUUCUGGAGCAACCAAAACAGAAAGAAGUGGUAUUACUAAAUUGAAGAGUGAGAUGAAGCAGUUCUUUCAUGAGGGGCACUCCGUGUCCAGCAGCAUGUUCGCUUCCAGGAGGAGCAGCACUCCAUCAUCUCCCACCAGUACUUCUCCUACUGGCUCCAGUGGAGACAUGAGCUGGGGUGACCGAAAGGGGCAGUGGCUGCGCAGAAGGAGGCUUGAUGGUGCUAUUAACAGAGUUCCUGUUGGCUUUUAUGAGAAAGUGUGGAAAAUCCUUCAGAAGUGCCAUGGUCUGUCCAUUGAUGGGUAUGUCCUUCCUUCUUCAACCACCAGAGAGAUGACCCCGUGCGAAAUCAAGUUUGCUGUGCACGUGGAGUCGGUGCUGAACCACGUCCCCCAGCCUGAGUACAGGCAGCUCCUGGUGGAAGCUAUUCUGGUCCUCACGUUCCUCUCUGACAUCGAGGUGAACAGUAUCGGGGGCAUCAUCCACGUGGACCGAAUCGUGCACAUGGCCAAUGACCUGUUUCUGCAGGAGCUGAAAUCAUUUGGAGCUACUGGCAGUAUCUUGGAGAAGGACAUAGCCACAGGAAUUUGCCACUUUUUUUAUGAUAGUGCUCCAAGCGGGGCCUAUGGCACCAUGACAUACCUAACAAAAGCCAUAAUUAUUUAUUUACAUGAUUUCCUGCCUAGCACAGGCUGUGCCAUGCAGUAAGUGAUGCCUCGUGUGGGAGGGAAGGCUCAGAAGCUCUUUCUCCCCAUUUCCCUGUUGUGAACCUCACAGUUACUUGCUGCCUGUGUGUGUGCCGUGCACUGCCUCAGCACUGGACACUAGUGGCCAUGCUCUGUGCAUGCCCUACCUAUGGAGGACAGGGAGCUGGAAUUUGGCCUGGUUUUAGGAGAGUGUGAAAGAAAUAACAAAUAAUGAGGCUUAUUCUGCCCAAAGUGCAUAAAUGUAAUUCAUAGUAAAUUAGAAAGAAUUAUACAGUUCUGCCAAGGGGAAAACAGAUUAUUCUGUGGACAUCAAAAGGCAUAAUAAAACAAGGGAGCUGUAUCUUGGGCAUAGAGUCUCCCAAAUAAGGGAAGUGAUGGAAUUCAUUAAUUUUUCUCCUUCUGUGUGUAAAUGUACAUCAUUGUGAAUCACUAAUGCACAGUGUGAAACAUCCAGGGAAAUGUAAAUUAGAGGCAUAGGAAUAACUUGAAAUAACCCAGUGAUAUUUCUCAUACAUGUUUAUCCUGGAUCUCUUCUCACUUGCACCUAGUCAAUGCCAGGCUAACGCCAAGAGAGACAAACAUCUUGCAAUAUCCACUAAUUUGAGAGGAUAGCCUCUGUCAGGAAGCUGCAUCUGUCUUUAAUCUGAACAAGACAGCUUCCUUCCCUGCCUCCCUGAGGCUUUGGAGGCAAAAUCUGAAGGUUCCAGCUUCUCCAAGGUGACAGACACUUUUAUGCCUGUAAUCCUUUCCUCUGAAUGGAGCAAGAUAAACCACUUCCACUCAAGCACCCUUUCCAAGUCUCCUGAUUGUUUCCCUUGCAAACAGCCUCAGAGAUAAGAAUGGCAUAAUUGUGACCCUUCCAGCACAGUGUGAAUUUAUGGAAGGCUUUGAUGUUUCUCUUUUUUUUUCUUUCCUAUUUUUUUUUUAUUUUUCUUUUUAGUUUGAAGCUGCACUGGUCACAUUCAGUAAGAGUUUGGGCUGCCUGGAAGUCUCCCUUCAGACAGUUCCUAGGUUAGUGCUGGCACCUUGAAUCUGUCCACUGGAAACUCUGAGCUGCUGCAGGGAGAACAGGUGUGUCCUGCAGGGCAAUGGUCCCAUGGCCACUGAAACUGAAAACAGCAGUAGGCGGCCUCUGGAGAGGAAAACCCUGCUGUACCCCAGGCAGGAUUUUCAUUGAGCUGACACUGCUGGCUUUGUGAAUAGCCACGUGCCAGCAUCUGGCUGACAGCUUAGCAAUAGGGCAGUAGAUUUAGCCUCUCUGUUGCCACAGGCUCCCCCAGCAGUGUGGAGGUGUGCCAGCACUGCUGCUACGUGAGCAGGAAGGAUCAGAGCAAUUCUGUCUUGCCUGAUAGAGGGGAAAAGAGCAGACAGGUCUGUAAAAAGGCCUGUAAAAUUUUCUGAGUUAAUAAGCCUGAUUAAGUAUAUUUUUGUGAGCCUCCCCUCCACUCUUUCAAAACAUAACUAUACCAUUUGUAUAGGAUUUGAAAACUUUUUUUUUUUGUAACAAUGGUGGGUGGUGCUUUUGAGAGUGAGGUUUUUGUUUCCAGUUUCAUACAGGUAUCUGAAAGACCUUGACAAAAUGACUACACUCUGUCUCACUUGCCAGUUGCCAGCACUCAUGGUCCCAAGGAGGCUGAGCUCCUGAUGGCUGUGCCACCCUGCCUGCUGUCCCUCUACACACUUGAUGCUGCUGUAGCAAUGUCUGGGCACUGCCUCAAGACAGUGAAGGCAUGGGAGGCCUUAGGAAGUGAUUUAUUGUUUUUGCAGAGAACAGAGGAGUUUGGCAGUCCAGAGGCCCAGGAACCCUUGGAUUGAGUGCUCCAGAGACACCCUGUGUUAACCACUAUGAGAACUAUGGGCCUGUGGAGUGGCCAGCAUGAAGUGACAGUUCAGGUGCAAUUACCACUUGGAUGUGGAAGUCAUUUUAUUGGCAUGGUGCCUGUUUUGUAGGGGUUUGCCUUCAUUAUGGUUUGGUUUGGAUUUUUUCCUUUUCAUAUGUAUUGUGAGAGCUUACUUGGCUUGUUUCCCGGUAAAUGAAAGUAAAAUCCUUUGUCUAGUUUAAGCAGAUGUGACAGUGCAGAGCGUGAGCACACAAGAGCUGGUGUGAUGGUUUCUUGUUCUACCCAGUAUCAUAUGAAAAUUUACUAGUAGCUGUUAUUUUUGCUUUUGUUUUUGAAUCCUAGAUUGUGAGAGAUGCAAGAUGAUUUUCAUUCAGACUCUUAAUUUUAUUUUAUUUUUUAACCUACAGCAUGAUCUUGUUUUCAGAAACAAGCAGGGUGAUGUAAUUGGUUUUACAUUAAGCUGCCUUGAAGUCUAAAACAAUGAAACGUAUGGCCUAACAUACCUGGUCACCUCUUAACACUUCUUUUUUUAAUGGCAGUGUCAUUGGUGUCUUUAGUAUGAAAUUCACAGUAUGAACCAGGUUAUGGUAUAUUUAUGAUUAUCAUGAGUUACCACAUGAAAUGCAAGCACUUGGAAAGUAUUUAUGUGGUAAUUUGAAGAGUUUAGGUAGCUGAUGGUGAAAGCUGGGACUCUGAAACACACAGCUAGGGGGAAGGGAAACUUGUGUUAUUUCCAGGUCAGGCACAGCUUCAGCUUGCAGCUCAUUCCACUUGGAGAGCUGCAUUGUAGUGCAAACCUAAUUAAGCAAAUAAGGUUUUACCCAGACCCCCUGCUUUGCUGAGGAUUCCUGGUGUGUAUUAGGCUGCUGCAAAGCAGAGCUGGCACUGGCAGUGACGAGGGUGUGCUCACAGAUAAAAUACAUGACGACUUUGCAAUUUGUGUAGGGCUGAGCUAAUUGGCAGAGGCUCAACUUGGCCGUGCGGCUUCCCUGGGGAGCCAGCAAAGGAUGACACUGCCAGCUUCCAGUCCCUGGAAACGCAUUUAUGGAAAGAAAGCAAAGGUGAACAGACACAUCCUGUGCCUCGGAAACAAGGGCAUUAGUAAAUUAAAAUAGACCACCUGAGAGCUGCUUGUCCCAGCCUGACAGGCACUGCUGCCCUAAGCACUUUGCAGCUGUGGGGUCAGAAGCACCUCCGCAGGGCUGGAGGCAGCCAGAUGUGCCUGGAGAGAGGAAUGGGGCUGGGUGGGGCCAUUGGCCAGAAGGAUGAUGGGUGUCCAGCUCAGAGUUCAUACCGCAUGCUGGCUCCAAACCAGCUCCUCCAGGCCAGUGCCCUCCCUGCUCCCUGAUCAUGGCUGUUUCCUUCUCCCUGCUGCUGAGUGAAGGACACGGGUUUGUCUCACUAGACAGAUGAAAAGCACCUUUGAUCUCCCUCAGCUGCUAGUCCCACAGGUAAAUGUGAAAACUUAAUGGGUGGAGUACAAAGUUUGCCUGGCUUCUCUCCUGCUAAUUGUAGUUUCCUUCCUUAGGGAAAGAGCCCUGCUUGUUUCUGGAAGGUGCAGGUGAGCUGCACAGUCCCUAGUUGCCCUAUAAAGGUGUGGCCACUUUCUGUGGUGAGUGGUGAAACACCUGGGCUGCCCCUGCGGGCACGGGGCACUGCAGGACUGUGUCACCCCUCCAGCAGCAGCCAGGGGCUUGAGUGAAGCCAGAGCCUGGAUCAGUCCAGGUGCAACCUUGGGCACUUUCUGGUGUUGCCCACAGUUAGGAGCAGAGUUGCCCAUUAAGCAGGAGAGAGAUGCCACCAGUGGUGGCGUCUGUAGCUGUAGGGUGAGAGUUUGGGCACUCAUCUGCAGAUUGAUUCAGUCCCUGCUCAAAGAACCAGUCACAUCUGCAAUAUUAAGUAGCCACUGCAUAGAAUUGUGACUAAAAGGGAUUGGGAGUGGGAUUAUAGAAGAGCUUCAGCUCAAAUGGUUUUAAGUACAAGCAGCAGGGCUUUUUCCCACUCCCAGUUUCAGUCUCGAGUGGAAUUUAUUCCUGGCGUUAGAUGUUUCACAGUUACUCCCCUGCCACCCCCCUUCUUCUGUCAGGGGUAAGGGGGCUCUUGUGUGCUGCCAGCAGCUGACAGGACAGGGGCUUUCUUUUUUGGCUCAGUAAUUCAGCUCCUCUCAUACUUCAGUGCUGCAUCCCCAAAAGCCUCUUACUGCCUGCCGAGUGCAGCACUGCACUGCGACUGUACCUUGGCAUCCCCUCUCAUGAAGUGAUCCCUCAAGGCGAGUCCCCUUCAACUUUAUGUCAUCUUCAGGAAUGUGUCAUUAGAGGGGGACACCUAAACUGAUGCUGUCAGUUGUAUUUCAGAGCUCCUGUGCCUCGCUGCACACCCUGGCUUUGUCCUCCUUACUGGGAUGGGUGGCAAAGGAGGACUCCAGAGCUGCACCAUCCCAUUCCACCUUGUCACUUUGCACCUACAGCAUGGAAGCCAACAGUGGGAAGCAAGACCCCACAACACACUGUGGUGUUUGUCCAUCUUAAGUGGAGCCUUUUUGUCAUUCCACUGGAAUAAGGUGGGACUGAUCAUCACAGUGCAUAGAUCACCAUAACUGCAUGCUAAAAACAGACAUUAAGUACUACCAAUGCCAUUAACAUUUUAUUGUAAAUUUUGUUGGCACUAUUAAAGAUUUUUCUUUCCCCCUCCCCCAAGGCAAUAGAAA